UCAGACUUCUUAUUCCUAUCGCGAUGGAUCGUUCAAGGAUAGCUUUGACGGUUCUGCUUGCUCUGCAACUGCUCUGGGAUGUUACAGAAUCUCAAGUUGUAUCAGCAAGCAGUAGCAAUGGUCUAGUAGCGAGCAUCAAUUCUGGUGGACUGCAAGGCAAUGUUGAAUUUUUAGAUGAUCCUAAAGGAACGGCAAUUCGAGUAUUUCUGAGAGGAGGAACAUACGGAGAAAAAUUUCGAUGGAAAAUUCAUGAAUUCCCAGCAGUUCCUGGAACCUCUAACCCCUGCAGCGAUGAAAAAAUUGGAAGAACGUAUGUUGAUUUUACUGAAACUCAUGGACCUGUUAUCAUUGGACAAGACAUGAUCCUUCUAUCAAAUUUAAAACUGGUAUCGAACGCUUCCAUAUUAGGGAGAACGCUUGUUCUUAGAAGUCCUGAAACCGGACGAUUAUCCUGCGCUGUCAUUCAACCGACUUCCAGAAUACGGACAUAUCAAGCAAAGCUUUCGACUCCAUUGGGAGGAACAGUCAUCAUUCGGCAGAGUGGAUUCGGAACCGGAAUUUUGUCACAGUUAUGGUAUGUUAAUGGUACUCGUCGAGAUAGCAUACAUCGUUGGGCUAUUUUACAAACUCUCACUGGACCUACAGAAACACCAACGUCAGUAUUUCAAAAUGAAAUUACCCGUUGUCAUAAUUUACAAGCAACACCAUUCUUUUACAUAGCAGAAAAGGUAGGCUAUGCCGCUGUUGGGCGUGAACCAAAUUCGAUCACUGGCCGCACUUAUCAUGCUGUAGCAUCUGCGCCUGUAUUAGAAAGAGUUCCUAAUAGCCUUUACUUAGUAGUCUAUUCUGAUAUUGAUCCAUCUGAAAUUCUCGCCUGUGGACAUCUCGUUCCGGUGGAACCGAGACAAGCCAUUGCUAAGUUUGAUUCCGAGGUUGCUGGUGAAAUCUCUUUCCGCCAAGAAUCACCAUUUGAUCCAACGUUAGUAACUAUUAACCUUGCAGAUCUGAACAGAAAAGCUUAUAGUUAUGGUAUUGAUGAAUUACCAUUAAUCUUCAGAGGUGAUAAAACAGAGGUGUGUCCAAAUGUCAAGACUACUAUUUACAACCCACAAAAAAAAUCUCCAGAUGCUGUGCCUGAACCUAACAAAGGAAGUGCUGAUCAAUAUGCUGUUGGAGAUUUGAGUGGAAAAUAUGGACCACUACAGAAUAAAGAAAAGCAUUUUCAACAGGUAUACGAUCCUCAGUUGUCCUUAUUUGGUGUACACAGUGUUAUUGGCCGAGCUAUCGUUGUGUAUGUUCCCGAUGGAAGGCCUCUUGCUUGUGCCAAUAUAGAGCUAUCUGGUAGGCGUGUCAUCACGGCAUUUGCCACAUUUGAUUAUCCUUUGCAAGGACAGCUAAUUUUGCGACAAGAUAGAGAUGAUCCUUCAGCAGAUACGUCAGUAUACUUGGAGCUGUCUUACCCUUCUGGUGCGUCGCAUACCAAAACCUAUCACCAUCCAUGGCAUGUUAAUGAUAGAGCCAUUCCAACUGGCCAGAGAUUCAGUUUAAGUGGCAUUGACUGUCUUCAAGCGGGAUCUACUUUUAAUCCUUACAAUGUUAGCGUAGACGGAUUUUAUUAUGCUCACUGUUCCGGUCUAGCUUCACAAAGGUGCCAAAUUGGAGACUUUUCAGGAAAACUGGGUUACUUGGAUAUUCUACCGUUUGGUGUUCAAGGAAACAAACAGCAAAUAGCUCGUUACUACUUCACAGAUCCUUCGUUACCUCUAGCUGGUCCUGCGAGUGUCAUAGGAAGAUCAGUAAUUAUCAAUGAACCAGAUUUUUCAGCUGGUCGUCUUGCUUGUGCCAACAUAUUUGAACAUUACAGCGAUUAUGGAAAAUAAUCAAAGAUAGCUCCAACUAUUCCAAACACAUUAUUUCGAAUAUUAGUCUAUUCGGGGGCUUGAAAAAAGAAAUGAUAUUUGUCUGCGCUAUUCAUAUUCAAAACUUAUUAUUUCAUUCUACAAAAAGCAAAUUUAGUCAAAAACGAACUCUUAUAAAGUUAAUCAAUUUCAUUAAAUUGUAACCUCACGCAACGCAAAGUACUACACGCUGCAAAACGAAUAUGUAAUAGGCAUUGACAAUGUUCUUUCAUUUUUCGAGACGUUAUACAUGAAAGGUAUAGAUUCUCAUACGUGACAUGAAUCUGUAUCAAAGGAAUUUAUGUUUAACCGUUAUGUCUAUCGUAAUCGAAGUUGUUGUUUCUUUUAAACAUAUUAUAUUUAAUUCAUUUCCAUAAAUGAACAUUCCAUUCUAAAAGUUUUCUGAAGUUUCAGUUAUAGUAAAUUCGUCUCAUUUGUCGAAAUGAAAAUUCAUAGUUUCACUGAAUGUAUGGAGCGUUUUAUAUUUUAAUGCAAAUAUAUUUGCUUGCUAUCCAUGAAGUUCACACAAGCGUAUUGUACAAUGAAGGAUAAAGUUUUCUGUUAAACUAAACGCAUGUGAUUAUGCCAAAGAGAAAAAAGAAAGAAAAAAAAAAUCAUUCAGUUUGUUAGAUAUUUUGAACUAUAUUAAUAAAUAACUUUAUGCUCUAAAUUUCACAUAACUUCAAACCUGGUCAGUUACAUUGAAAAAUUAUCUUGCAAAAUAUUACCCGUGGUUAAGGCAAUUGAUAAGGAAUCAAUGUCCCUGUAUAAAUUUUCGAGAUCUAAAAUAAAGCUCUACAUAUUUCGAGGCAAAUAUUACUUAUGAUAGCCUUUUGCUUUAUAGUAGGUAUUUAUUAACUGUGGAAGGCAUUUAAAAUAAUAUAUUCAUGCACAUCAGUAACACCGAAGCGAAAAAAGAUUUGCAUUGAAAUUAUUUUAAAAAAUAAUGAGUUUAAUAGAUAUUUUUAUUAUUAAUGAAAUAGUUUAAAGUGCUUGUUAUUGCAAUAGCAAUAAAUCAUUAUUUUUGCACAAAAAGUAAGAAGUUUUGGAGAAAAUAAAUUCAGAAACUGAAACACUUUAGCACUGUUAGCAAUUUCUUAUUGCUUUACUAUUGUGAAACAUAGCACUAUUCCUAACAACGUCAUAGCAACAUCCUAACAAUUAUCAAACCAUACAGUCAAAAUAUCGACAUUUUCAAAGUUUUACAUUCUUCAAAAUACUGAACAAAUAAUUGUCGAAUUGUUUUGUAACUUUAGUCAUACAUAUUAGUCUUUAACUGUCACGUUUCUGUAAAAUUCUGUCACACAUGCAUGUAGGGAACCAACAACAAAUUGAAGAAAUAUGAAAGUUUUUUUUUAUUUUCUGGAUCUUAAAGAGUUAGGAAUAAGCUGUAAAUUUCAAAGAAACUUUGCUUGUUACGUACAAAUAUACCAUAUCAUUUUCAUAAAAUAUCACAUAUGUUCAAAGACAUAAACGUUUUUUUUUCUAAAAUACUAAUUUCAUUUGUAAGUUUUUGACUCAUAACAGGCAAAGUCGACUUUUAAACUUUAGGAAAACUUGACAACAUGCAAUAGAAACAAUGCAAUGACAUUUGGAGAAAAAAACGUUAAAAAUUUGAUGGAAGAUAAUGAGCAUUAAAAAAAUGUAAUUUUUCACUAAGCAAAAAAAAUCAUUUUAUAAUUCUUAUAAUUUCGUAGCCAGGUGUACUUGGCUACUUAUUUCUUUCAAAUAUCGAAAAGAUUUGGUCAAACAUUGGCAGUGUAUUGAGCUGUAUUUUUAUGAUUCUUAGGUAUUUGAGGAAUGGUAAAAGGCUGCAAAUAAUCUAUUUUUGUCUCGAAUCGUCACAUAGCAACUGAAGGAUUGCGAACAAGAAUUACUGAUUUGGGAACAACGCCUUACAACGCAUCGCCCAUCCAAGAAUCAUUAAAAAACAGCUGAUUAUACUGCUAAGGUCUUUCUAUUUUUUUUUCAAAAUUCAACUAGAUUUUUUAAAUUAGUUACCACAUACACCUAGCUACGAACUUAGGAAAUUUAUAAGUUGCUAUGUUCCGUGCGGUCACUGCAAAAACAAAAAACAAAACAAAAAAAAAAAAAUAAUAAUAAUUCCUUUAAAUGCUCAUAUCUUGUUAAGUUUUCAUUGUUUCUAUUUCAAGUUUCAAUGAUAGCCUUGUGUGCUGUCAAGCGUUUUGAAAAUCUGGUCAAGUUAGAAGGAAAGCACUGCCGGUUAUGAGCCAAAAACUUUCAAAUGAAAUUGGCAUUUUUGAAAGAAUUACUUACAUCUUUGAAAGUAAGUGAUAUUUUAAUGAAAAUCAUUUUUGUGCAUAGCAACUAAACUAAUUUGUAAUGAAGCUUUUUUCCAGCUUCCUACAAUCUAAGAUGAUCAAAAAACGUUUCUGCUUCUUCAAUUUGUGGUUGGUUCCCUAAAUGCAUGCCUGGUCGAAUUUUUUAUGGUGUGGGGUGAAGCGUACUUUUUAUGUGAUAAAAUUUAUAAAUUAAUUCGACAGAUAUUUCACUAAAAAUUCGGAAAACUCACUUGUCCAUAACAAAGUGUCCAUAUACAUUUGGUCUAGUAGUGUUGUUCAGACAUACGCGACUACUAUGUAAUUUUCACGAGUGGUAUGCCAAAAACUAUGUGAACUGUUGUUUUAUACUGUAUUUUUGAUAUUGUUGCCUCCAAAAUAUAAUUGUAUGGAUUUUAAAAUUCAGUGACAAAUGAUAGUUUUCUUACAUUAGGGUCAUCUUUCAGUAUUUAACAGGGAAAUGAUUCCUGUACGUAACGCUAAGUCUCGAAUUAUUUAUUUCACUGUAAAAAUAAAAAAGCGAGAUGACAAUAAUAGAAAACUUUGUUCAGUGUAUUUUUACAGUGAAAAAUAGAUAAAUAUUUCGAGAUUUAGCUUAAAAUGGGAGACAUUUCAUAUCCAAAUUCUAUGGAAUGACUCAUCAGCUAAUUUUUCAAUGUGAGUUCAUUUUUUUUUCAUGCUUGUAAUACUUUUUUUCUACUAUUUUCAUUACGAGCAAUAAUUUCGAUUAUCGAUUUGUCUUGCAGUUUUGUCCCAAAUUUGCCAUUAAUAUUCUUUUACCUACUUGUAUCUAUAUUUAUUUCUAAUCAAAAUAAAGUUACUAA